CCCUUCAACUCCCAGACUCACUUGCUCCUUCCUUUGCAUCACGCUUCCACCACACACCACUUCGCCCAUCUUUCCGCUUUUCAAGCAAACCGUCUUUGCUUCAUCCUACGAGUUCCUUAUUUGGCACCUAGGACGCAUUGGCAACCCCAUCACCAUCUUCUCUCCGUCUUUAAGCAAUCUACCUUUGCCGGGCCAGACUCUGAGAGUCGCCUCGCCUGUUUAAAUUGUCAUCGGAGUUAUAAAUAAUUACAUCAGCACAGUAGUCGUCAAUCAUGGCUACAGCAUCAGUUUCCACACCCCUCAAGUCCCACGCCGGGCUCUUCUCUUCCCGCACAGCAGGCGGGCGGAUGCCCUUGACCCCUUCACCUUGCCAGCGGUCUUCCAACGUCAGCAUCAACUCGUCUCCCUUCACACCCGACAAGUCUAGCAGCAAUGACACCCACCGCGCACCGCCCAAAUCGGUCUACGGCGGCAACCUGGCUGCCCACUUCGCCAAGUCCACCAAGAACCACCGCGACUCGCCCAAGUCCAACAUCGCCCGCGUUGUGUCAACCCCUCGCAAGGUCCUCGAGCUCGGCGUGUCAGACUUUACGCUAAGGGGCACGGGUCCCAGUGUCAAGACAUCUCCCAGCGCCCAAGCUAAGAAGCCAGCCGCUGUCAAGACCAAGCCCACCAAGACGACGGUUACCUACAAGGCUGAUCGCUUUAUCCCCAACCGGUCCUCGAGCUCGGCAAUCGCAAAUGCUGGCUCGGCAAAGAUCAGGAUCCGUGACCGGCAGCGCCCGAGGAGCGUCCAGGACGACGCCUCUUCGUCCACUACCGACGAUGCCGUGGCUGCCCUUGAGGGUCUCAACAUCAACGACGAGGAGCCGGCUUCGUACUCGCGGCCUUCGCCCAACACAAUUGCAUACCAAGAGUCGCUAGCCGAUGCUUGCGGUGUCAACCUGAGCACGCGUAUCCUCGAGUUCAAGCCCGCGCCCCCGGAGUCAUCCAAGCCCAUCGACCUGCGCCAGCAGUACAACCGCCCUCUGAAGCAGGCUAGCGCGGGGUCAGCCCAGUUCAGGCGCCGCAUCGCCACCGCUCCGGAGCGUGUUCUGGACGCGCCCGGGCUCAUCGACGAUUACUACCUCAACCUGCUUGACUGGAGCACGGGCAACCAGGUGGCCAUCGGCCUCGAGCGCAACGUCUACGUCUGGUCCGCAGACGAGGGGUCGGUGAGCUGCCUCCUCGAGACAAGCCCGGACACAUACGUCAGCAGCGUCAAGUGGUCCGGGGACGGCGCGUACGUGGGUGUGGGCCUGGGCACCGGAGAGGUCCAGAUCUGGGAUGUCGCCGAGGGCGUCAAGAUCCGCAGCAUGCUCGGCCACGACACCCGCGUUGGCGUCAUGGGCUGGAGCAAGCACCUGCUUUCCACCGGCGCGCGGAGCGGUCUCGUCUUCAACCACGACGUCCGUAUUGCGGAGCACAAGGUGGCCGAGCUCGUCUCGCACACCUCGGAGGUCUGCGGCCUGGAGUGGCGCUCGGACGGCGCUCAGCUCGCCACUGGCGGCAACGACAACCUCGUGUCCAUCUGGGACGCCCGGUCCCUGGCCGUCCCCAAGUUCACCAAGACCAACCACAAGGCGGCCGUCAAGGCCCUCGCCUGGUGCCCCUGGAACAUGAACCUGCUCGCCACCGGCGGCGGUUCGUAUGAUCGCCACAUCCACUUCUGGAACUCCACCUCGGGCGCCCGCGUCAACAGCAUUGACACGGGUUCGCAAGUUACCAGCCUUCGGUGGAGCCCCCACUACCGCGAGAUCGUCAGCUCGAGCGGUUUCCCCGACAACUCCCUGAGCAUUUGGAGCUACCCGACUCUCGUCCGGAACGUCGAGAUCCCCGCCCACGAGAGCAGAGUCCUCCACAGCUGCCUCAGCCCCGAUGGCCAGAUGCUGGCCACAGCGGCUGCCGACGAGAGCUUGAAGUUCUGGAAGAUCUUCGAGAAGAAGCCGGGCAGCACCUCCAGCUCGAGCGGUAUUGGUGGACUUAGCAAGGCCACCACGCCCAAGCACAUGAAGAUCCGUUAAGAGGUCGUCCUUCUAGGGGACGGUGUCUCGAGGACCGGUCGAAGUCAAGUCAGCGACAACAAUUCAGCCAACGGUAGGUAUACAUGGUUCCCUUCUGGAAAAAUUACGGUCAAAGCAUCGGAUGGGGCUCCUGUUGUUUGAUGGGUUUCAGCGCGGCGUUGGGGAGAUGAUUGUUGGGUCUCCUCCGGCUUGCUUG